ACCCUCCACUUCCUCCUGUUUGCCUUCUGCCUCACCUAGAGCCGUCCGGUCGCAGACUGUCUCCGAGACGCUUCCUGUCCGUAACAGAAUCACCAUGAUUCUUCAGAGGCUCUUCAGGUUCUCCUCUGUCAUCCAAUCUGCAAUCUCAGUCCAUUUGAGGAGAAAUAUUGGUGUUACAGCAGUGGCAUUUAAUAAGGAGCUUGAUCCUGUACAGAAACUCUUUGUGGACAAGAUUAGAGAAUACAAAACUAAGCGACAGUCAUCUGGAGGACCUGUUGAUGCUGGCCCAGAGUAUCAGCAAGACUUGGAAAAGGAGCUUUUUAAGCUUAAGCAAAUGUAUGGUAAAGCAGACAUGAAUGCCUUCCCUGACUUCAAAUUUGAAGAUCCCAAAUUUGAAGCUGUGGAAAAACCCCAGUCCUGAAGAAAUGUAAAAUUUAUUUGGUAAUUUGCCCUAAAUAAGUGUACAACUGAUCAGAAGUAUCAGAAUAAACAUACAUUUCAACAACUGUC